CAUAUCAGAGCUUGGUGGCGCAAUGACGGUUCUGCGAUUGCUGCUCCUGGCCAUAUGCCUUAAACUGGGUCAACAAUCCCGGCAAGCAGAUGCCUUGGGAAACCAAACGGAGAAGCCCUAUCCAACAUACUGCACCACCUACGAUCAGAAGCCAGGCAAAUGCGUACACUACAGAGAAUGUCAGUACAUCGCGAAAAUAGUUUCGAAGCCAAAGAGCCAGCUGACCGCCAAGGACUUGGAAAUAAAGAGGAAUUCCCUUUGUUCUUCUAAUUCUAAAAAAAUAGUUUGUUGUGAGGAAUUCAUCAACGAUUCGGGCUUGGAGUUGCUGAAGACCAGUGAGAGUUCAUGUGGAGAAUUCGGGGAUCAGAAGGUCACAGGAGGGAGCGAGAUUCAAAUGGGAUCUCGACCUUGGGUGGCCUUGCUCCAAUUCAAUCUUUCAGAGCCCAAUGAGAGGUUAUCCUUAGCGUGCGGUGGCAUGUUGAUUACCCCUCGCUACGUCCUGACAGCCGCCCACUGCGUGAUGAAUUCAUUGAUUUCAGUUCGAUUUGGAGAGCACACAAUCUCCACGGAACAAGAUUGUAAAACUUAUGCCACAAGAGUAAUCUGUCUGCCUCCUUACCAGGAUGUUCCUAUACAGGAAGCCGUUGUCCACGAAGGAUUCGAUGAUGACACGCUUCACUAUGACAUAGCGCUUCUCCGCCUUUCAAGAUCUAUCGAGUUAACCCAGUUCAUCAAACCCAUAUGCCUGCCCCUUUACGAGGAGGUUAGGCAGAGCAUCUGGGACAAAGGAAGACAAAACCAAAAGGUUACCGGGUGGGGCAUAUACGAGCAGAAUGUGCUAUCCGAUGUGCCCAGGGAGGGCGAUGUGACCCGCCUGAGCCUCGACCAAUGCUCCAUGGGUAGGAAUAUAUUGCUGAUUGGUAACCAACUUUGCGUCAGUGCCUUCCAAAAGGACAGCUGCCAGGGUGAUUCCGGCGGACCUCUAUUGUAUCCGUAUUUAUACCGUGGGCAACAACGAUUCGUCCAGACGGGAAUCGUUAGCAAGGGACCCAAGUACUGCGGCCUUGGAUCUUCAGCCAUUUACACGGACAUUACCAGAUUUGUGCCCUGGAUAACCCAGAAUAUAAAGUCUUAGCUGGGCCAAGAUAUCUAGACCUACAGUGAUUCACAUUUCACUUCGGCGCAUAAAUAUAAUAUUGUAUCACUUUA